AUGGAGGAGAAUACAGAAAGACCAAAAACCAAUGUGACAAUUACACCUGAUCAACAUGUAUUCAGAGGAGAGACAGUCACUCUCAGAUGUGACAUUGAUGGUGAAGCAGUCACUAGCUGGAAGUACAGCUGGUAUAAAGAUGGUUCAGUCAGUGUUUUCAGUGAACUACAGGAACAUACAUUCUGGUAUGUUACUGAGUCUGACGCAGGUAAUUACUCCUGUUAUGGAGCAGAGAGAGAAGGAUCACGAACAUCAAACAUCAGUGAUGCAGUUACACUGACAGUAUCAGAUAAAGCCAAGACAGUUUUAAGUGUUUCUUCACAGAAGUGGUUGACUGAAGGAGAUCCAGUGACUCUGAUCUGUGAGGUUAAAGGCUCCUCUACAGGCUGGACAUUCAGCUGGUACACUGAAACUGUUUCAUCAGACUACAGAAGUCAUCAUUAUAAGCUACUCUCAGACAGCAGCAGAGGAGCUGGAGGAAACUACACUGUCAGUUCUGCUGCUCUGAAUCACACAGGAGUUUAUGUGUGCAGAGCAACGAGAGGAAAACCAGCCUAUAGCACAUGGUACAGCAACACACAGUUAAUAUGGGUCACUGGUGUUUCUCCUCCAGUCUCUCUGAUCGUCAGUCCCAGCAGAACUCAACACUUCACAUCUGUCUCUCUCUCUCUGAGCUGUGAGGACCAGAGUAACUCUGAUAGAUGGAGAGUGAGAAGAUACUCAGACAGUUUGGGACUGUUCGAUUGUUCAUCACGCUGGGGAUCACAAACAGGAUCUACAUGUACAAUUAGCUACACCGUCCCACCAUACACUGGAGUGUACUGGUGUCAGUCUGAAUCUGGAGAGAUCAGUCAUCCUGUUAAUAUCACUGUACACCCUGGUGUGAUUCUGGAGAGUCCUGUUCAUCCUGUAACUGAAGGAGAUACGCUGACUCUACGCUGUUUAUAUCAACAUUCAACCCCACCAAACCUCAGAGCUGAUUUCUAUAAAGAUGGAUCACUCAUCCAGAAUCAAACUACAGAGAUGAUCAUCUCUACUGUCUCAAAGUCACAUGAGGGUUUCUACUACUGCAAACACCCAGAGAGAGGAGAGUCACUCAAGAGCUGGAUCUCAGUCACAGCUUCCUCUAGAUCUGAUGGUCUCAAUCCCAUGAUAAUUGGAGUGACUGCAGGACUGACUGUCACAUCUUUGAUCAUUGUCCUCUUGGUCCUGCUGUGGUACUACAGAAACAACAAAGUUAGGAAGAGCCUGAUCUUCCUGAUGUUUUUCAGUGCGAAUGUGGCGGGGCAGUGCAAUUUUAAGGCACCAGCCCAAGUUGGUACUGGUAAGAAAAUCGAUCAUUUGAAGAGGUUUGAUUGCACACGCUGGAAGCGCAGCCAGAAGAGCAUUGCAGUAGUCCAGUCUAGAGAUGACAAGAGUCUGGAUGAGGAGUUGUGCAUCAUUUUCAGUUAG